GCUAUGGAACAAUGCUUUAUCAUGCGGAACCACUGUCGCCUUUCGCCACUGUCGCCAAUGUUAGGUCACACCCUUCAGUUCGAGAGUUCACCAACUUAAGUUCAAGCACGUAUUAGUUCACUCCUUUAACUGGUCACUUAUUAGUUAUUAUCUUUAAACUUUUGCCGAAUUGUACAACCUGAGUCACCCAAAGGACUAGCGACUACGCUAAGUUAGCGGUUAAACCCGCUAUGGUCCCGCUUCCCUUCAAAAUAGAAAUCCCAUGACUUUGAAUUCUCGUUAAACGAGGCUUUUAACAUGGCAAUUCAAGGCAUGACGCCGCUGGUCCUCAAUACGUCGCCACCACCGCAUGCCAAGAAGAUGUACAAACUUGUUGCUCUGGUAGACGGCGUUGCCACAUCAGUAUUUGAUGGAACAACGCAAUACCACCCGUUCGUGACAGUAUACCAAGAUGCUAAGCCAGAUCACCAGGGCGGCCUGUACGUGUACCCAACCAUGGAAAAUUGCCUGCGUACAAACAUGAGGCACUUCCCAGGAAGCAGUCAGCUCGGCAACAUGCAGAAAGCAAUCGCUGUCGUCCUUGCAUGGAACGACGGCGUCAUGGAGCUGCCCGUCAUGUAUGGGGCGAAGCGGGCUUACAGCUACGUACAGCUCCUGGACUUGCUUCCCAUGCCGCCAACUUUCGGACUACUAAAUCCCACACCCUAUCAGAUGCCCACAAGUGGACAGCGCUCGCUUCAGCAGCGCAGCAUUACUAGGGCGCAGGCGAGGACGCUGCAACUCGAGGUCGAGGUCCAGGACAUGGAGCGGCGUCUGGAAUUUGCGCGCUUGGUGCUUGGGUUGUCGGCAAAUUCGCGUGGUUGA